GCGGUCACCUGUCGGGAUGGGGCGGACGUGGGCUACAGAGACCGCCGUCCGCGCACUAGAAGGGCUCUCGGACCAUAGAGCUGGCCCCCCAGCAUUUCCGGUCUGGUGACGGCGUCACAUCCGGGCGGUUCUGAGAUGCCGGUUAAAUUGAAUAUCUGCCAAGCACAAUUUCUUGCAGGAAGAUCACCACACUGCUUGAAGGCUAGCUAAUAUGAGAAUAACCCCAAGGGACUGUUCACUCUGAAUUUUAAACUCUGUGCCUUGUCCAGGACAGCUGCAGGAAUCGGAAACUUGAAUCAAUGUUAUCAGAUGAGUUAGAGUCCAAACCAGAGCUGCUGGUUCAGUUUGUUCAGAACACAUCUAUUCCACUGGGUCAAGGGCUGGUGGAAUCAGAACCUAAAGACAUCACCUGUCUCUCCCUUCUUCCUGUCACUGAGACAUCAGAAUGCAACAGACUGAUGUUGCCAGAUGAUUCUCCAAGUCAUGAUAACUCCUCCAAAGAUGUUCCCUCAUCUGCUGUCUUGAGAAGUCUCCAGGUAAAUGUGGGCCCUGAUGGAGAGGAGACAAGGGCACAGAAUGUACAGAAACCCUCUGAGCUCCUGUCAAGUCCAGAGACUUCCAGCUUAUUACAGGACCUUCAGCCCAGUGACAGCACUUCUUUUAUUCUCCUCAACCUAACAAGAGCAGGCCUGGGCUCUCCAGCAGAGCACCUUGUGUUUGUGCAGGAUGAAGCAGAAGAUUCUGGAAAUGAUUUUCUCUCCCAUGACAGCACAGACAGCAGUACUCCAUGGUUUCUACGAGUACAGGAGCUAGCCCAUGACAGUUUGAUUGCAGCCACUAGGGCACAGCUCGCAAAGAACGCCAAAGCAAGCAAUAAUGGUGAAAACAUUCAUCUUUGCUCAGGAGAUGGGCAACCGAAAGACUCCAGCCCUAUCCCUCAUCUGUCCCGUGUGGAAAAGAAGCUGAAGUGCACAGUUGAGGGAUGUGACCGGACAUUUGUAUGGCCAGCUCACUUCAAAUAUCAUCUAAAAACCCACAGGAAUGAUCGGUCCUUCACCUGCCCAGCAGAAGGCUGUGGUAAAAGCUUCUAUGUUCUGCAGAGGCUGAAAGUGCAUAUGCGAACUCACAAUGGCGAGAAACCAUUUGUUUGCACUGAGCUGGGCUGUGGGAAGCAGUUUACGACAGCUGGGAACCUGAAAAACCACGUACGGAUUCACACUGGUGAAAAGCCAUUCCUCUGCGAGGCACAGGGAUGUGGUCGUUCCUUUGCUGAAUACUCCAGCCUUCGGAAACACCUGGUGGUCCACUCAGGAGUGAAGCCCCAUCAGUGCCAAAUCUGUGGGAAGACAUUUUCCCAGAGUGGUAGCCGGAAUGUGCACAUGAGGAAACACCACUCCAGAAUUGGAGCAGCUGGGAACAGGGAGCGAGAACAACCAGAGUCACUGGUGGGCAGCAGUUUGUUGGAAGAAUCUGCAGUGCACAGUAAGAAUCUGAUCUCCAUGAACUCUCAGCCCAGUCUUGGUGUAGAGUCCCUGCACCUGCCGGAUACAGAAUCAAUUAUUGGAGUGGAGGAGGGUGAGACCAGUUGUUCCUUUUUCCGCCCUCUUAUAUGCGGUGACUGAAGUAGGAUCAUUCCUCCUAGGAGCUUGCUAUAAAUGCAGUGGGAUGACUGAGCAUUGCUUUCACUGGGCACACAAGGUGGGUAGGUAGAAAAUGAAUUGUGAAACUGGAGUUGGAAAAGAACUACUGGACCAAAUUUCUCUUGCGUAACUUCAGAGAUGAGUUCUACCCCUUAGGUGGUAUGUGGCCCAUGUCCUGGGGAGACUUCACAGAAUUAUUGCUUCAGUUCAGUCAAAAAUCUAAAAAUACUUGUAUUUAUUGGAGCCCUAGUUGUGGACCAGGACCUCGUUGUGCUAGGCUCUGUACAAACAGAAGAGAAACUGAAAUGUCUCAAGCAACAGGCCUUUCAUUCUUUACCAUCAGAGACUAUUCUAAUACAUCUCACUGUCAGAAGCUGACUCUUAAUAUCUGAAAUAAACUACUUCAUAGCACUUAAGCACA